GGGCGAUGAGGAGCUGCUUCUGCCUGCGCCGAGGGAGCCGCGAGCCGCCGCCCGCCGCGCGGGCAACAGUUAAGUGUCCCCGGCCCCGCCGCCGCCCUCGGCCGGCCCAGCUCCGCCGCGCUCUGGGAGGGAGGGGGAAGGAAGGAAGGAGGGCCGGGCCUACGAGAGCUCGCGGCUCUGCGCGGGGCCGAGCCGGGCCGCGGGGGAGCGGAGCCGCCCGUGGCCCUCGGGGAGGCGCGGCCCGGGGCGGGAGCGUCCCUACAGCCGCGGCGCCCCCCGCGCGGAGCCGGGCCCGCAGGACGCCGCCGUGCUGCUCGGCGCCGGGCGCGGCCUGCACCGAGGCUCGGCCCGAGCCGGGCUGCUGCUGCGCGGAGCGGGGCUGCGGGCGCGGGUGGGACGCCGUCCUCCGGCCCCGGCGUCCUGGGGAGUUCGCUGCGAAUUUUGUUCUCGGCUGGUUAGAGAGAAUUGACACAGCACUGUGCUAAUUGCGGUCUUUUGCUGCAAGCGUUUAUGGCGUGGAUUUGCUUGACUGUCGUUGUUUUUUUUCACCUGUUCGCAGAGGUUUCUGUGCAGCUGGAAGCGAUAAGCAUGUGGUUCUCUUUGCCAUCCCAGCCGGGACAGGGUGCUGAGCUGCCCGCGCUCUGUUUGCUCCCCUCCCACAUUCCCAGCACUCUGCGUCUCUCUGUGAUGCCCAGGAAGGGUCACAGGGACCCUCCGAGCUUCACCCCCUCCCAUGUGUCCUCAGAGCCAGGACAGUCACAGCUGGGCUGUGAUAGCGUUGGGUCCUAGGAGGCCUUCACUGCAUGGGCCGACAGCCGUGUGCCUCCAUCCUGUGUUUAACUGGCAUUGCUGUGCCCGGCUUUGUGGUUCAGUGUUGUUCCUGCAGCUCCUGGCUGAGGUGGCCUUACCCGUGAGAUGUUCUGGGGUGAAGCCUCGGUUUGAGCUCUUGAAGGCGUGAAGAUAAAUACAAAAUGUUCCGGUUUGUGACAUCUGUUUCUCUAAGUGAGUCCCAGGCUUCAGGCCUUGCAGCCCCCAGGUGCGGAGAUGGAAAUAAAUGCCCUGAGUGCCACUGAAACCCUGGCGAAGGUCAUCUGUGUGUGGAAAUCUAUUUUGGUUUGAAAUAGGAUACCUCACAAAUGGGUGUCUCCAGUUAGAACUGCUGCGCAGCAAUAUGAGAUCUCAGUUUUGCUCACUCCUGGACUCGUGUUCUGUUCCAUUCAGGUCCAUCACAGCGUAUGGGGCUUUAGCAGCUGGUGCAGGGAUGGCUGUGUGGGAGCAUGGCUGCGUGGGUGACUCCUGGCGAACCUUUUUUUGGGUGAAAGAUGACCCUGUAUCUGUCUGCUUGUGAACAAGGUGUGUCUGGGGCCCUGGCCAUGUGUUCCACCACUGGCUCCUAGUUUUUUUGACCCAAACAUCAAUAGUCUGCAAGCAGCCAUGCUGUGCCUUGUGAUCAGAGUGAUGGAGCAGAACCCACCUGUGUGGACGAGUUUCCAGCAGCACCUGCUCUGGUUUGGUGGGACUAACUCCUGCACAGUACAGGAACAUACUGAGGUAGCCAGUGUUUUUUUUUUCCAGUUUUGCCUUAGCUCGUGCUUUUGAUGACAGCGAGCUGAGUUGUGUGGUUAACACAAUGGAGGGGAGGGAUGCCAUCCAGAGGGACCUGGACACACUCACAAAGUGGGCAUACAAGAAGGAUAAGGGGGAAUGGCCUUGAACUAAAAUAAGAUAGGUUUAGGUUAGAUGCUAGGAAGAAAUGUUUUUACUCGGUGAGGUUUUGGGACAGUUUGUUCGGAAAGGUUAUAGAUGCCGCACCUCUGGGGCAUUUGAGACCAAGGUGGAUGGGAUCCUGUGCAGUCUGAUCUUGUGGUUGGCAACCCUGCCCAUGGUGGGAGAGUUGGAACUAGAUGAUCUUUAAGGUCUCCUGCAACCUAUGUCAUUCUGUGAUCUUCUUCUCUGUAGGACGAGCAGGUUGGUGCCAAAGCACAGGGCUUACAGUUGCUGAAAGAACCAAUGAGCCUCUCCUUUCUCCCGGCCCCCACUAUUUAACCUCAGAACCUGGCCUACCUCACUGCAGCACGAGGCUUCUACAGCACAUACGUCAGGCACUGGCCACUCAUCUGCCGCCCACUCUUGGUCUUGCUUCUUGAAAAAGAGCACUGGAAAGGAGAGCGCUCUGUGAGCUCAGCGUAAUGUGUGGAUUUCUGGAGCUGCACUUUUGUGUGUGUGUCCCAGCCGUGAUGUGGCAGUGCGGGCGGUUGGUCACCAGGGCAUAGUGCUCCACUCCAAGUAGACAGUGAGGCCAGCAGUAAAGUAUGAAUUGUCAGAGAUGAGCAAGCAAGGAAACAGUUGAGAGAGAGCACGAAGUGGGUGUAAAGGGAUAGCUCAGGAGCUGCGGCACAGUGAGGCCUGGCUCCGAGCACAGGCUGUGCUGAGGGCUUCUUGUAUUACAUGGUGCUGUGCCUGCAGGUUGUGGCCUCCAACCUGUGACUGUGCGGCUGGGCAGAAAGCCGCCACUGAUGCAUGCUGCAGUCUUUGUUCUGCGGCUGGAGCGGAGCAUCCUUGCACACAGACUGCAGGGAACUGGGGUGACUGCCCCAUGUGGAGCCUGCCUGAUAUGGGCUGCCUGUGGAGCCAUGGUGGCAGGGUUGAAGCUUUGCUGCUGAGGGACUGGGGUUGGUUUUGCUGCUUUUCAGGAAGGUCAGCUUCCAGUGUUCCUGAGGCUGCUCCGGAGUGCGAGUCUCUCUGUGCCCUGGAUCGGUACUGCACUGAGUGAGUGGGGCCUGAGCUGGGCCUCUUCCUGCCCAGCACUGCAUCCUGCUUCCCCACACUGGGAGCGGGAAGUGCCCUGCUGCUGGGAACAGCCUCCAGGGAAUGUGCUUCUAGCAGUGCGAAAAAUGCUGUGAUUGUUUGGGGCUGUUCCCAGAUUCACCUUGCUGGGGUUGCUGGGGCUUUGGGGAGCACGGGGCCAUCCUCGGUCAUCGGCCGAGUCCUCAGGCACUGCCACACUGCAGGCAGGUCAGUGCUGUGGUGUUUGAAGAGAACUUCCCUAAAACAACAAGCUAUCUAAUGGGUGUAUUUAUAGAAUCUUGUUCCUUAAUUUAAUCUGCUCUUUCACUGUUUGUUUUUUAUUUUUAAGAUCAAAGGUGUGAUAGCAAAGAAACUAAACUUCGCAGGCGCCCGAGGGGGAGUUGAAAUGUAACUCAUGGUCUGCAUCAGCCCGAAGCUCUGCUGACCUGUUCCAAGUUCAGAAAACAUUUACUGAGCACGCAGGCCGGUUCUUGCUGCUCUGCACCAGCUCCAGCUGCAUCCCAGUGCCCUGCGGCACCGUGUUGGUUCAGACUGGGCACUGUGAAGUGUAAACCCUGGUCCUGCUGGCACCAGCACUCACCUCUGCCUUUUUAGAAGCAGAUCAGUCCACAAUGCCUGAGGUGCGAGAUCUCUCUGACGCCUUGCCUGAUGUGCCAAUGGAUCCCAUCACAGGGGUUGGCGUGGUUGCAUCCCGGAGCCGCGCACCGACAGGCUAUGAUGUAGUUGCACAAACAGCAGAUGGCCUGGAUGCUGACCUCUGGAAGGAUGGCCUAUUUAAAUCCAAGGUCACACGAUACCUGUGCUUCACAAGAUCAUUUUCAAAAGAAAAUAGUCACUUAGGAAAUGUCUUGGUUGACAUGAAGCUCAUUGACAUCAAGGACACUUUACCUCUGGGCUUCAUCCCCAUUCAAGAGACUGUUGACACACAAGAAACAGCUUUCAGAAAGAAGAGGCUGUGCAUUAAAUUUAUCCCUCGAGAUUCUACAGAGGCAGCCAUCUGUGAUAUCCGAAUCCUGGGGAGAUCUAAGCAAGCCCCUCCUCAGUACACGUUCAUAGGGGAGUUGAACAACAUGGGUAUUUGGUACCGGAUGGGCAGAGUUCCCCGCAACCAUGAAUCUUCACAGCCUGCUGCUCCUUCCCAAGCUCCAUCUCCAACACCAGCUCCCAGCCUGCCAAGGCAUAUCUCGCUGACACUUCCUGCUAGCUUUCGAGGCAAAAGUCACAGCAGCCGCCUGGAUUUGGAGCACCAGCACUCAAACCUGUAUGCCAUAUCAGCAAUGGAUGGAGUGCCUUUCAUGAUCUCAGAGAAGUUUGCCUGUGCUCCUGAAGGGAUGCAGCCAAUUGAUCUCUUGGGCAUCACAAUCAAAACCCUUGCAGAAAUUGAAAAGGAGUAUGACUACAGCUUCAGGACGGAGCAGAGCGCGGCAGCCCGCCUGCCGCCCAGCCCCACGCGCUGCCCGCCGGUCCCACCGUCCUGAGGGCCACCGGCGCCGGAGCGGCCGUGUGCGCGUACUACUGAGCGGGACGCGGUGCCAGGCCCAGCUGCUCCGGCCUCACCCCGCCCCGCACCGCCUCCGUACGCCCCGCUCCGCGCGUCAGACCUCGUUACCCUUCGGCAGCUGCUGCAGAUGCGUCUCCACGUGAGUAUGUUGCUCGGAGACUGACUGGCAGCCUCCCGGUUGCUCCCGUUCCCAUAUCCCCUGCUGUAGGACGGUCACAAAGCAGCCAACUGUAGCGAAGCGCUGUGCACAGCCAGCUGUGAGCUCGCAGGCCAUCAGGAAUGCUCGGCAGUGAGCCCUGAGAAAGAAAAAGACUCAGCCGUCAGCUGGGGGCCCCAGGCUGCACACCCAGGCCCAGCCCGCACAUACCACCCCUCCUGUGGUGCUUGGUGGUGGCACUGCCGAGAUCUGAGCAGACGGCAGCUCCGCCACGAUCAGCCCAGGCUGAGAUCUUCGCUUUUGCCAUGGGUGUGUGGGGCUGGGGCCUCUCUCUCUCAGGCCUCCGUUAGGCCUCUCCCCAGCAGCUGGCCAGCGGAGGUCCCCCAGAGCACAGGCAGAGCUGGGGUUCCUCUGCUAUGCACGGGGACCUCGAGUGACAAACAUCCUGGCUGCCCUGGGCUGGAUGCUGGCUGUGAGCCGGCCAGCUGCUGCAUGCUGUGCUGAGCCAUGCCCUGCUGACAGGUGGAUGCUGCUGCCCGCCUGCAGCAUGGAGCAGGUCUCUCAUUUUUGCCUCAUAGCUGCUAAAACAAGAGGCGUGCCCAUUCCCUUUGGCACUCCAGAGGGAAGCACUGAACUCUGGCGUAGCGCAGGAUGAGGGCUGAUGCGUAAAGCCCUGACCUCAGCCUCCUUGUGAGCUCGCUCCAGAGUUGAAUGCAUGUCUUGGAAAAGUCUGUUGCUGUAAUAAGUUAUUGAGAAAUGCCUAUCUGACUCUGUGCUGCUUUUUUGGGUUUCUGCUGUGGAACAAAGCUACAUCAUGGCAGCAAAAUGACAAUUUUUAAGUAAGUGUUAAAAUGUACUACUUUUUGUAUUGUAAAAUAAUGAUUACCUAACCCCAUUGAAAUGCAAUUGCCAUAGUAACAAAUAACAGUAUUGCCGCUCUCUGUCUGGGUCACGUGUAUGCCCUGACCUGCUUUGCACUGCUUUUGAUGGAUCUUGUAUUUUCUAGUUGGACGCAAUGGUGACUAACGGUAGGUUUUGUACUGUCAGCUUGUAUUUUUUAUUUGUACAUAUGUAAAGUAUUUCUUGUCCAAAGACUCAUUUCUGGUUUUAAGGCACCAUAUCGUAUUGCUGGGAUAAUGAGCACAAAAUACCUUAACGUUCAGGAUAGUCCGAUUCCAGUUCUUUGCUUCAACUUCUUCCAAUCAGGUAAUCAUUUUCUAAAACUGCCUCUGUGAAGCAAGGCUGUGUGAUUCGAAAGCACAGGCAGAUUCAGUUGCAGGUGUGUCAUAAUUUGGUCAAAAGAAUUAAAGCUAUUUCAUUUGCAUCAGCUCUGGAGGUUUGAGUGACCCCCUGGAAGUGCUCAUUUACUUGAAGGUUGCAGCACCAUUUGUAGUUCUUAUUUAUCCUGCAGGAAAGCAAAGCCAGACCUCACUGCCAAGCUUCACAAAGGCUAGAUUGAUGAUGCCGACAUCGACAAAUGAACACACCAUGGCAGCCUGGUCAUUUGGCUCAGGUUCACUUGAAGUUCAAAUCCACUCUAUGCUGUAGUUGUAUGCCCAUAUCAUCCAUCUUUUGUCGUUCUGUAUUUCUGCUUGUAAUUUGUCCUGUAGUUUUCUGUGGCAUCCAUUCAUAGCUUCUCCUGUAGUACAGUGGAUGCUGCAGGUAGAUGGAAGCCGGCUGCGGCGGUGCGUUCCUCAUCGCUUUGGGACAGCGGAGCUUCAGAUAGCCAGCGUUCCCCAUUGCUGAUGGCAGGGGAGCGAGGGCUGCAGAGACAGUGCCAAGCUUGAGGGUCAGCUUUUGCUACUAAGAGAUGGGGGCAAAUCUGGAGGAGCACCUCACCCCACCGCCUCUCCAUGUGUUGAGGACAGCGCUGGCCACACAGUGGUGAGGAGCAGCUUUGGGCACUGCCAGGCUCUGAUCCGGGGGAGCUCUCCCUGGGGAUGUCUUGGGGAAACAGGCAUGCAACAUUCAGUCCCUUCCCGCGAGAUGUAGCUUAGAGCAGAUAAAACUUGUGUUUUUGUAUAGCUUAGCCUUCUUCAAGUAGUAAGUUCAGCUUUCUCCUCAGUGACCUACAAGAAACACUGGAUGGCUCAAAAUGCUGAUAGGACAGGCAGCUGGCACAAGCAUCUAAGAAAUCUUCAGGAUAUAUUUGUAUAGUUGGUUCUCCUUCUCUAUUCUCUUACACUAGCCUAGCAAAUUUUCUUCAGGGAUGCAUCUGCAAAUAAACUCGGAAGAUAAAGUUGGUCUUCACAGUGUUUCUGCACUGUGGCACUGCAGAGAUAGCUGUUCCUGAAAGUAUGAGAAGUGCAACUGGAGUUCUCUCUGUAUGAGCACAGUAGGGAUGUUCUGAGCGCUGAAGGCCAGUGCUAACUCAGCGCUCUCAGCCAUGCUAACCACAGUCUAACAAACUGUUGGCAUUUCCAAAGGGAGAGAGCUCAGAGUCUCUGCUUAGAAGCAUGGUGUGACACAGCACAGCUUGGCUGGUUUUAUGUGUCAUUUUUGUGAUCUACUGAUUUUAGGAAGCUUUCUUGCUGCACUUCUGCGUCCCCAGACCAUGGGUACCACGUCAGUAUUUCCGCAGGCAGUUUUUGUACUGUUCUGUAACUUUUGUACUCUCGGUAGCUCAUUGCAAGGCUGGUCCUUGCAUCCUUGCAGCAAUAUGCUGGAGCCCGCACAAGCAUCUCUGCAUCUUCCUCCCUCCCUGUCCAACAUGCAGUGUGCUAGCAUUGCCCAGGGAGUCAGUGUUCAGGCAGCCUGAUACUGAUGUUGUCUGGCUGUAGAGAAGCCUUCUGAAGCAUACAGGGAGGGGAUGUGUCAGCAGACUGCAACAGAGUGGGUUCGCAGAACUUUGCCAGAUGUGUUUGGCUACCUUGUCUCUUUCUAGAACAAAAUUAGAUACCAGCUAGCUUAAUGUUGUGGCUAAUGGAAAAAUUAGUUUGCUGAAUUAUCCACCAGAUCUGUAUCUCUACGAGAAACAGAAAAGCAGCAGAGGUUUACUUACUGUACAAUAUACCUUCUGAUGUGAGUUAGUAGUGGCAUGCUGCCUCCCGGAUUUCCCUCAGCAAAGAGCAUACUAAGGUGACUCAUGGACUGUCCAGGACAGACAGUGAUGUCUCAUGUGUUAAUUAUGGAAAGGAAAGAUAUUAGUGCAGAAAGUAAUGUAGAGUGUGAACUUAGUGAUCAAGUGUGGACAGACCUAGCGGAUGUCUUCCUGUGGGAGUGUUUCAUAGCUGUAGUUUGUAGAAAUAAGCUUUGUCAGACUUUUCUCCUUUGACUGUCACUGUGGUUAUCCUGAUGUUUGUAUGAGAGGAUCCCCUGGGAGCCUCCUAUGUAGUAGGACAUUGUUGGUAGUCUGGAGCCUUGGGUUUUUUGGCGUGCUCACCUGGUGGCACCUGGCAGGGCUGCGGCUCUCCUUACCCCUUUCCCAAAAGAGCGGCACAAACAGCUGCAUAAAAUAGAGCCUGCAGCACUUGCUUACCGGUGUCUUUAAAAGAGGGAAAAGAUGACGGCCCUGCUGUGCUCACCCCACAGCAAAGCAGUGAUGCUGGCAGAGCGAGGGUCCAGCGAUGGAGUCACAGCCCCACAGCUGCUGUGCCCCACUGCCCUCCUCCCACAGCCUGUCUGCAGUGAGCAUUAACUCAGCCCCAGCCUUGGCCAGCGAAGAUCCCGGCGCCAGGGCAGCCACGCGGGGUCGGUGUUUGCUGUUCUGAGCCAUAAAGCCAGCGUGCUGCAGGUAGGGAGGGUGCUGCCUGCUAAAGAAAGGCUCGGUGAGGUGCUGCUCACUUCGUUCAGUACAGAGAACCCAAACAGUUUGGAUAUUUUGGUCAGUUAUUGUGAAAUUGUUUCCAAACAGCAACAGUUUUAAAUGCCAUCAUACAAAUGGAGGAGAUAAACCUUUUAUGCAGUUGGAAAGUGUUGUUUUGAGAUGCUAUGCAUUUUGUUGGGUUAUUGAAAACAAAUUUACUGUGCAUUAAUCUAAUGAAUGUUACUACCUUUUAUAUUUAUUUUAGAUGACUCUCCUGUAUUUUACAAAGGGAAGUUUCAUUGUGUGAUAACAGUCUGUACUCUUAAUAUAAUUUGUUAAAUAAAACCCGUUUUAAUUGGUUUA